AUGUCGUCGGAAGAAGAAUACUACGACGAUCAGCCAGAGCAAUACGAAAAAAGUGAAGUGGUAGCAGGUGACGAUCAGUAUGGUUACGACUACGAAGAAGAACCGCAAGCUUUUGGAGCCGAUUACGCAAAUAGAGGUGAAUAUGACCAUGCCUAUGGAGAAGCACAAGAUUGUGAGGAUAACCCCGAAACUGAGUCUCCAUAUGAAGACGAAUGUGAAGCCGAGAUGGACUCUCACGAUGAACCAGAAGAAGAGAACGUUGAAUUACAAUCUGACGAAAGCGAUGACCUUGUGGCAGAAGAAGGUAUGAUGAGCCAUGCGGCAGACUCUGUUACUGACGCUGGAGGAACAGACAGUAGUGGUGGACUGGGCAGCGUUGUGCAAGGAGUGUUGGAUGGUUUUGGAGGCACGAACCUUGGCGAUAUUGUUGGCUCGAUUAGUCAAAUAGCAGGCGGCGGUGGAGGUUAG